GUGGCGGCGCAGUGACGGCAGAGGUCGACUCGUCGGCGCCUGUUCUUCUUUCCGGUUCACCCCUUUCCCGUCUGUCUUUCUUUCGAUCAUCGUCAACGCGGGGGUUUCACGGCGCCUCUGCCUCGGACAAACGUGCCCCGAUCAUCACACGGACCAGCACCCACCUGAUAUCUCCCAUCCGGAUGCGGCGCGCCGUUCGUGUCGGGUGUAUCGCGAUCGCGCCUGAACUGCGUUACGCACGGGGACACGUACUCGCCGGUGCUUACGAGGGACGAGGGCACCGUCGCCACCACUACCAUCGCGUGGGCCAGCUCCGAUCGACGGUCAGCUGGUCGCUUCAAGAAUCGUCUUAAAUGACAGUCGGCGCUCGCCGGUGAUCUGAGAAGGAUGUGCGUUAUUUUUCGUUGCCGGCGAUCGCGUCGUUAUGGCCUAUAAGUGCGAGCGACACCAUAACUUUUCUCUCAAGCUUCAUCGAUGGAGAGUUCCGCUAACAUGAAGCAGAACGAAUCGGACGAGUGUGACGUAAACGGGGACAAUAAGAAGGGGGACGAGGACUCGACGGGUCAGAGGGACGUCGAUCGGAAGAUGAAGGCGGAGGACAAGCGCGAAUCGUUGGAGAAUAUGAAGAACGAGAUGAAAAUGUUGAAGAAAACUCUGUCGGCCGACGAAGAGGAGAUCGACGAGGAGGACGAGAAGAGCAAGGAAUCUGCCGACGAGGAGGAGCGCAAGGAAGCAACGAGCAACGAGAAGAAAGAGCAGGAAUCGUCGAGCGACACCACGUCCACCAGUACUUCCGACGAUGAGUCUGAAACCAGUUCGGAUGAUAAGCCAGAGACGGAGACGACCAAGACGCCACAGCCGGAAACGACGAAGGAGGAGUCCGCGAAGGAGCCGAAAAACGAGGACACCACGGACGACAGUGACAUAGAGGAUGAUCUGGUCUCGGCGAUCAAUUAUAACACCAUCACCUCUCUGGCCGCGCUCAAAGACAUGCUGCAGUCAUCCGGCGAGGAUUCCGACGGUGUUGACAGUUUCUUUCACCAUUACUUUCUGUCUCAUGUUAACCGCCUGCCUUCACGAAAUCAGACACACAGUCCGUAUCCUUGGGGCAGAAGAUUAUCGGAGUGUCGGGAGGAGGAUGAAUACGAGACAGAGGAAGGGAAAAACACCGACAUUCCGAUCGUCGAUAUCAAGAAGGACGCGUCCAAGGGUGAAAAGGCCGAUAGUGUUUCGUCCAAGACGUCAAAGGCGUCGAGUCCGUCGUCCUCGGAGAGUUCCAGUUCGGAGAAGAUCGACGAGAAGUCUUUUCCGACGUCCAGCGUCUCCGAAGCUAAACCGUCGUCACCGUUGCUGACGACAACAACGUCGACAACAAGUAGCACAACUUCAAUUGCAACGGCGACAACGACGACAACGAUGACGACGACGACAACAACGACGAUGACGAUGACGACGACGACGACGACGACGGUCGCGACCACGGUUUCCGGUAGAUUUACCACGUCAACUGUGACAUCACCGACCUCGGCGACCAAGCCUCCUCUCCGGAGAAGACACACGACCGGUCCGGGCAUGACUUUCCCCGCUACGGAUCCUCCGUCGUAUUCCACCAGCAUGACUUUCUCGAGAACCAGCCCGUUGCCCAGCCCGCAUCUCGACAAGAGGUUCUUCGACAGCAGCUUGAUCGAGAUGAAGAGUCAAGCAAGUAGCACCAGCACCCUCGAUUACGACUCCACCGAGGAGGUGUGGAUACGCAGAAUGGAUUUUGUACAGGAAAGAAAGCGACGGGAACUUGGUUCGCAACCUCUUCCAACAAUCGUGACUGAGGACGCGGAUAAUUCCAGUCAUGUCUCUCAAGGUCACAGGCCACGAGCAGACACAUGGGGAUCACAUUCUAAGACAAUUAGAAAACCGUCUUACGGAAGUGCACCCAGUUCUGGAAAAUCAACGCCUCUUCCACAACCAACGGAAGCGUCCAGCUCGUCGAGUUCCGGCAAGGGUGGUCGGAAGACUUCCGGGACUCGGUCCGGUUCCAACAGUCGUAGUAAUAGUCGCAGUAACAGCGCGGAACGUAGAAGAAGCGGUGGUGCUACAGAUGACACCGCUAGUCCUACGAGAAAGCCGGCGCUUUUCGACGCUUUCAGACCGAGAAGCAAAUCGGACGCCAGCAAGAGAAAACCCAGUAUUAUAGCUAAUAUGAAAAGUGCUGUUCAGCAUUCCUUGCACAGAGGAUCGCACGGAAGCUCUUCAGUGGAUGUACAUACGGAGAAGGAGCAUUAUAGAGAUAACCAAAGAGAACAAAAAGAAAACAAAGAGCAAACUGGUCGACCCCGGGCUGGAUCCGAGAGUAGCAGAAAUCCUGUGAGCAAAGUCAUGGAUCUCAUCAGGCACAGGAGCCAUAGUGCCUUGAGUGCGGAAGACAAGCGGAAAGCGAGAGCGGCGGUGCAGCAUCAAACACAAGCGUCGUCUCAGAGUGCACACAGAAGAAGUUCCUUGGAUCCUACAGCGCGGAGAUUGUCCCUCGGAACACCUUCAAUACCUCACAGAGCAUCUGAUGCUUGUCUAGAUCCAGUUCAUGCUGCCAUACUCUUCAGGGACGCACGUGGGCUGCCGGUGGUGGAUCCUUUCCUGGAGAAAGUCUCGCUGUCCGAUCUCGAGGAGGAUGAGUCGCAGAUUUUCGUCAAGUUCUUCAAGUUUCACAAAUGCUACGACCUAAUACCAACCAGCGCCAAAUUAGUCGUAUUCGACACACAUUUGCUCGUGAAAAAGGCCUUCUUCGCUCUUGUAUAUAAUGGGGUGAGGGCUGCGCCAUUGUGGGAUAGCUCUCGACAGCAGUUUAUCGGCAUGUUAACUAUAACGGAUUUCAUAAAAAUACUUCAGAUGUAUUACACCAGUCCAUCGGUCACAAUGGACGAGUUGGAGGAACACGAAUUAGAUACGUGGAGAAAGGUUCUGAAGGAUCAAGUUCAUCCUCUUGUGAGCAUCGGGCCAGAUGCGUCGUUAUACGAAGCUAUCAGGACCUUAAUACAAAACAGAAUCCACCGAUUGCCUGUGAUAGAUCUUGACACUGGAAACGUCCUUUAUAUCUUGACGCAUAAGCGAAUACUUAGGUUUCUUUUCCUAUAUAUUCACGAGUUACCGAAACCUUCUUUUACCAAUAAAACACUGAGGGAGCUGAGGAUAGGCACGUUUGAAAACAUAGAAACAGCCACGGAAGAAACUAGCAUAAUUUUAGCGUUAAAGAAGUUUGUAGAGAGGAGAGUCUCAGCAUUGCCAAUUGUCGAUUCUGAAGGAAAGUUAGUGAACAUUUAUUCCAAGUUCGAUGUUAUUAACUUAGCUGCGGAGAAAACGUACAAUAACUUGGACGUUUCGCUGCGCGAAGCAAACGAACAUCGGAAUGAGUGGUUCGAGGGCGUCCAGAGUUGCAAAUUAGAUGAGACAUUGUUUACUAUAAUGGAAAGAAUUGUUAGAGCAGAGGUUCAUAGGUUAGUAGUAAUCGACGAUGAUGACAAAGUGAUUGGUAUAAUAUCCCUCUCCGAUCUGCUCUUCUACCUCGUUCUUAGGCCUUGUGGAGAAGAUGGCAGUAGCAAUAAAAUUAGUUCUAUAUCGUUACGAGCGCAAGAUUCACAACUGUCCAAAGCUCCCAGCUCCGUGGAAACGUCGCUCGCCGACGGCGAGAUCGAGCAGGACGCAGUAGAGACAACGAAUCGCAAUCAGUCCGAGGAAGCGUCCACGACACCUAGUCCACCCCUGAGUCCGGUUACAUCUCGCGAUCCUCAAUCGGCAUUAGUAAAUCAAACUCAGGACGCAGCGUGGCGGGACAUGAUAAAUAUUUGUGUCUCAGGUGUGUCGGGCGGAGAAUGAAACGCCGCCGGUUUCCAUGUGCUAUCACGUACGUGAGUAGUUUUUUUCCGAACUAAAUAAAUCGGCGCUGUUUCAACUGUAUUUGUACAUCUUUUAUUGUUAUCCCGUUCGUGCUCUUUUGGGAGAGUGCACGAGUGUGCCAGUUAUAAUCGAGAUGAUUCGCGCCGCAAGAAACAAAAAAACGGGAGACGCCGCGCCCGUUUGAAUUAGACGUGCUACAAUAGAAAAAAAAUCAUGAAAUUCGCGAAAGAAAAACGCGAAGUACGAUAUAACCAAGCACGAUGCUCUGUAUAGUGUAUAAUAAUUACUUUAAGCUUAAUUUUUUAUGGUACAAAUGCUACACAGACAUGCUACACAUUAUACGUUUGAGCUUGUCGUCAGAAACGAUAGAUAGUUUAUGUCGAUAUUUGCUCAGAGUACGAUUCUCUCCGCGCCCUUCCACAAUCGAGCGUUAAGAAAACUGACGAAUAUAUUGUAAAAAACAAAAAAACAAAAAAAAAAACUGAGUUAUUCGAAAGAAACGGUAAGUGUAGAAAAUAGAAACUCCUAACGUCGAUCGAUAUGCAUUGUGUUUAAGUAGAAAGUUGUAUAUCGAGAUGUAUUCAUUUCUGUCUUAUUUGCACACUGCAUUCGAUAUUGCAAAUCGGAGUUGUCGGAGUGCUCUUUUAUCUCGGAAAUUUGUGUAUCGAUCGAAUUGCUUGCGUUCGCGUUCUAUAUACUCACGACAUUUCCAAUUUACAAUGCCGAAACGCAGAGCUGUUGUAACUGAAGAAAACUGAACACAGAUAUACCUGUUACAUAAAUUUUUUUGAAAUUGAUUCCUAUCGAAAUUGUUCUCCUCUGUUUUUUGUUGUUCUAAUGACGUUACAAUAGACCAACACAACUGAAAAAAAGUGAACUUAUUUCGAUUGGGAUAGUUUCCGAAACAAUUACACAAUAACUAGAACUUGCUGUCUAUUUCAUCAUCGAUCGAAAAACUGAGUCUAUUUUAUGAUUUUCUAUUAUAUAUAUAUAUAUAUAUUGGCGAUGAUUUUAACAUCUUGCAUAUUCGCGUUUGUACAACUAGUUUUGCUUUAUUUGUUCAUUUUUACUGAAAAUGUGUUAGAGAUUGCUUUGCCAUUGUAUAUUAAGUAAUACGCUCGUGUUCGCGCGCACGUAUACACAAUCAACAUGAAAAUUAGAGACUAACGUUUAAAUUGGUCAUGAAGAGCCAAACGCUGGAUGUUUGUGCGAAACGAAUAUAUAAAUAUAUAUGUAUUUUAUAUUAAUUCAGUGUAAUAACUGUUAGUCUAGAGCCUUACUUAUUUAUUCGUUAUUAUAAUUCAUAAAAGAGAGCAUUAUUCUCAGAAUUCUUGAUACACGAAUAUUGCGAGACAAACAUAAUGCUUCUGUCGCCGAAUUUGAAAGGCGCGAUCGUUAUGGAAAACGAGAUUCCAUAGUUUCGACUCCUGGCUGAAGAGUUUUUUCGCAAUAUUUUAAAAUUAGAUAGAGGGAAAACGAGCAAUUUUUAUAUAUGUUAUGCAAAUCCAACAUCCUAUAUGAAGCAAAGAAUUGAAUUUUCAAUUCAAAAUUCAGUUAUCACAAAUGAAAUAAUAAUAUAUGUAUAUAUAUAUUUCGCACGAACAUCCGUUUGGCUCAUAAUGAUCAAUUUAAUGUUAGUUUAGAAUGUCAAAAGCUUUAUUUAUUUCUUUGUUAUAAAAAUUAGAAACUUACAUUUAUAUUAAUUACAAUUUUUGGGUUUUGACUCAUAAAAUUGUCAGAGAAAAAAAUUUAUACAACGGAAAUAACAAAGAACUUGAUCUUAAUAUUAACAAGACCAAAAGAAAACAAACAUGAUAAAAAAUAUAAGUAUUUAAAUGAUUAUUUUUAAUGUCGUUAUAUUUAAAUUAAA